AUGUUCCCCAGGCUGGAAGCCGCAACCUCGCGGCUCGAGGACCUCGCAAAUCUUCCCCCGCCAAGUCUCGUCGCCGGACUUCAGGGUGCUGCCAUUCCCUCUGCUUCCUCCGAGCCCACGCCCGUCCCGCCUCCGCUUCCACCGUCUGCCUCACAGGUUCCGCUUCCACCUCCGCCCCCAUCUGCACCUCUCCACGUCGAGACUCCGAGGACUGUCCAGGCAUUUGAUGAUAUUAUCAUCGACGGCCAGCUCAAGCCUUUCCUCGAGCUUACCCGCAGUUUCGCCUCCGCAUCCGUCGUCGAGCAGACAGCGAUUCUCGAGAAGGAAUUUGCUGACCUUCGAGCCUUCCUCCUUCUCACCACGAGCUGCAGCAAGCCCGAUCAGUCUGUCUUCGCCGCCCUCCUCGCCCCGCUCCAGAAGGACAUCGAGGACAUCACCCGCGCAAAGGAGUCCAAUCGCAAGGACCGCGACUGGUUCAACCACCUCUCCAUGGUCGCCGAGGGCGCUACCUGUGCCGGCUGGGUCACUGUGGAGCCCAAACCUGGUCCAUUUGUUGCAGAAAUCAAGGACUCGGCGCAGUUUUACGGGAACCGCGUCAUCAAAGAGUUCAAGGAAAAGGACGCACGACACGCCGAAUGGGUCAGAGGUUGCGCUGCCCUCCUCGAAGCGCUACGGAAGUAUAUCAUGGACUAUUAUACUACCGGGCUCGUGUGGAACGCGAAGGGCAUCUCUGUAGAGCAGUACCAGGCAUCAGCUCCGGCGUCGGGGCCCAGUAGUGCGUCCAUUCCGCCCCCGCCUCCACCGCCUCCGCCCGUUGUUCCGCCCCCAGCUGCCGCCACCGCCCCCGCUGCGGGCGGCGUCGCGGCGGUGUUUGCAGAGCUAAAUCGCGGUGAGGACGUCACAAAGGGCCUGCGCAAAGUCAGCAAGAGUGAGAUGACGCAUAAGAACCCCGCGCUCCGGGCGAGCAGCACCGUUCCGGGUGCGGUGGGGUCAUCCAGCGCUGCGGUGGGAGUGGGUAAGAAGCCGCUUAAGCCGAGCAAGCCGCAGGCACUUGCAGGAAAGAAGCCGGCCAAGUUUGCGCUUGAGGGGAACAAGUGGGUGAUCGAGUACCAAGAGAACGAGUCCGCGCUAGCGGUGGAGAACGUCGAGCUGAGCCAGACGGUGAACCUGUACGGCUGCAAGAGCUCAACGGUUAUCAUCAAGGGCAAGGUCAACGCCGUCACGAUGGUGAACUGCACGAAGACGUCCGUGCUCGUUGAGAACGUGAUCUCGGCAGUGUCUGUCACGAACUCGCCGUCGUUCGCGCUGCAGAUCACGGGCUCGGCGCCGACGAUUCAACUCGACUCGACGGACUCGGGCCAGAUCUACCUCUCGCGCGCGUGCCUCGGUGUGGAGAUCACCACCGCCAAGUGCAGCGCGAUCAACGUCAGCCUCCCCGUCGAGGGCGAAGAGGAUGGCGUGUUCGAUGAGCACCCUGUUCCCGAGAUGUUCAGGACGACGAUCGAGAGCGGGAAGCUCGUCACGAGUGCUGUCGAGCAUGCGGGCUAG